AUGAUGAGCAAUCACUCAAGUGCCACUGAGUUCUGCCUUUUGGGUUUCCCUGGGUCCCAGGAACUACAUCACACUGUUUUUGCUAUAUUCUUUCUCUUCUACUCAGUGACCCUGAUGGGAAACACGGUCAUCAUUGUGCUCGUCUGCAUCGAUAAACGUCUGCAGUCCCCCAUGUAUUUCUUCCUUGGCCAUCUCUCUGCCUUGGAGAUCCUGGUGACAAGCACUGUUGUCCCUGUGAUGCUCUGGGGGCUGCUGCUCCCUGGGAUGCAGACAAUAUCGCUGCCUGGGUGUGUCACCCAGCUCUUCCUGUACCUUGCUCUGGGCACCACAGAGUUUGCCCUGUUGGGAGCAAUGGCUGUGGACCGUUACGUGGCUGUCUGCAACCCUUUGAGGUACAGUGUCAUUAUGAACAGCCACACCUGCAUCUGGGUGGUCAUUGUGUCCUGGGUGUUUGGGUUCCUUUCUGAAAUCUGGCCUGUCUAUGCCACGUUUCAGUUUACCUUCUGCAAAUCAAACCUGAUAGACCAUUUUUACUGUGACCGAGGGCAAUUGCUCAAACUCUCCUGUGACGACACUCUUUUCACAGAGUUUGUUCUUUUUUUAAUGGCUAUUUUCAUUAUUGUUGGUUCUCUGGCCCCAACCAUUGUCUCCUACACCUACAUCAUCUCCACCAUCCUCAAGAUCCCCUCGGCGUCGGGCCGGAGGAAAGCCUUCUCUACCUGUGCCUCCCACUUCACCUUCGUCGUGAUUGGCUAUGGCAGCUGCUUGUUCCUCUAUGUGAAACCCAAGCAAACGCAGGCUGCCGAGUACAAUAAGAUAGUUUCCCUGUUGAUUUCUGUGUUAACCCCUUUCCUGAACCCUUUCAUCUUCACUCUCCGGAAUGACAAAGUCAAAGAGGCCUUUCGAGAUGGAGUGAAAUGCUGCUAUCAACUCCUGAAGGAUUAG